AUGAAAGCCUUCUACUUCUUGACUCUCCUCUUCGUUCUUGCUAUUAGCACUGAAUAUGCUCUAGGCGACUGCUUGUCUGGAAAAUACCGUGGACCAUGCGCAGUAUGGGAUAAUGAAACUUGUCGUAGAAUAUGUGGAGAAGAGGGACGUGUUACCGGACAUUGUAGUCCUAGUCUCAAAUGUUGGUGUGAAGGAUGUUAA